GGGCAUUUUGUUGUGUAUCGCGUAUGCUAUUAAUAGCAAAUGAUUCGGUAGUUAAUUUUAACGUAGCAGGUUUAAGGGACUAUGAUUUCCGAAAGAAUGAUAUCAGUUGCUGUGGUUUAGUUGAGAAAGCAAUUGUUAAAUUCGUAGUGACCUCGUGAUUGAAUGUAAAGGAUAUUUUACUGUUGUAGUGUAGAGAUCUAGAACUAUUUUUUAAACAUUAGUGGUGAGGUGCAGCACAUGUUUCCCUGGCAAUCCCUGGCACCUGUCCCUUGAGCAGGACCAAAAUGGCGACUCUGAUGGAAGGACGGGAAUAUGGUCUAGCUUCAAAUGCCUUAUCAGAAGAAAAUAAAACAGUAGUUCAUUUUAAGUUAACAGAUACAGCAUUGAAAACAUUGGAGCAUUAUUCUAGGAAUAAGAAUGGCAGGGCAACAAUAAAAUUCAAUGGAGGCACUGGGAUUAUAAAAAUCCCAAGUUUUGGUAACCAGCCAGAGAGAAUAUUUCAACUAUCAUUGUCAGCAAUUUCAGGAGACCCCAAUGGCAGUUUUGACUGUAUUAAUCAAAACUCAAAAAGCCUGACAAGUCUUGGUACAAUGCAACACAGAGUGUCUGUGAAUGCUACUGAUGAUGUCUUUGAUCGUACACGUGCCAAAAUGACAAUGGCAGAGGAGGAAAGUAAAAAAGUUUGCACUAAAGAAAUAAAGCCCAGUGGUCGUCAUAUUGGCAAAAAAGUGAAGAAAGUUCUGCCCCCAGGGAGUCUUAAAAUUCCACCUCCACUUUCCAAAUCCAGUUCCAAUACAAAAUCAUCCACUACCAGCAGUGGGGCCAGUCGUCAAUCUUUUGGAGGCUCUUCUUCAUUGUCCUCAUUGUCAACAUCAUCUCCUAUGUCGUCAUCUAUGGUCAGUCCUUCUUCAUCUGCUGUUGGACAAAGUAGACAUUCUCCUACACCUAACUCCAUUUUGUCAGUUUCCAAAGCUCCUAGUGUCAACAGCACUAACCAAUCUAGAGUGUUGACUUCCACUACCACAAAACAGUCUUCGGGUGCUAUUAAUAUGCCAUACAGGGACCGCAUUAUACACUUGCUUGCUCUCAAACCUUAUAAAAAGCCAGAAUUGAUUUUAAGACUUCAAAAAGAUGGAAUACGUGAGAAAGAUAAGAACUCUUUAGGAACUGUGCUUCAGCAAGUAGCAACUCUAAGCAGAGAUAACAGUUAUAUUUUGUCUAGAGGAGCUUGGGCUGAUGUCAGAUUGGACUGGCCAUUUUAUACAGAGCAGGACAGAGUAUUACUGAAAAAAAACCUCCAACUUGAAAGUAGAGCAGCACCUACUUCGCCUGCUGUCUCACCUGCUAGUAAUCCAGAAAGUCCUGGUAACACACAGAAAAGGCCAGUAGAAGAAGCUGAAGAUAGUGCUGCAAAUCCUAACAAGAAAAAGCGCAUUGCGCACACAGACAGACGACAAGUGGAAGAGCGACCUGUUAGUGUUGUCAAACCUACCUUAAAUCAGCAAUCUUCACCCACAGCCAAUAGGGAAAAUCUAGAUGGAGCUAAUGAAGACAAUAAUACAGAAAACCCAGAUUAUAUCAGUAAAUUUAUCAAAAUUGAGGACAGUGAUCAGCGUCAGCAAUAUAAGCAAGAAUUCAAUAGAGAAUAUGUUGAGUACAGGGAGUUGCAUAAAGAAGUGGAUGAAGUGGCGCGCAAAUUCCAGAAAUUACGGUCUCAAAUUAAUGAAACAGAAGAAGGAACCCGGGAUUUUGAAAUGCUAAAGAAGCAAGUGCUGGAGGAAUAUGAAGCUCAGAAAUCGGAUCCAAAAUUUAUGGAAAAGAAACAGCGUAUGGAUUAUUUACACCAGAAACUUGGCCACAUUAAACGCCUUAUCCAUGAAUAUGAUCAGAGGAUAGAUGCAAUAACCAACAGCUACAGAUUUGCCUGAUUUCAAGUCUCAGUUACCCAGUCAAAUCUUUCUUCACAUGCCUACAAGUGAUCUUUUGUCAUGAGCUUUUUUGUUUAGAGGUGCUUCCAUUUUUUGAUACUUCCAGAUUUGUUCAUCCUCCCCGCACAUUUAUUGAAAACUUUCUGCCUUGUGAUUUUGUUGUCUGUGUUUGAAGUGAUCCUCAAUAGUUAAAUGUUUUAUUUCAGCAUAAUGAUAGCCCAAAUUGUUACUUAAGUUGCCUUUUAGGAUUGAAUAAUAUUGUUUUCAUUGUUGUACUAAAAGUAUCAUAUUUAACUCACAAAACUAGUGGCCAUUCUAAAAGUAUCAUACUUAAUUCAUUAAACUUGUGGCCAUAUAUUUAUCAUUAAAAUACUAAGUAGGCAUUGGGGGUUAUCACCAUUUUUUAAAUUAAAAAAAAAAAUAUUAUCUAAUUUAAAUAGAUACAAAAUAGUUGCAAUUUAUAUUAACAUACUUUUUGAUACCAUACCACAACCAUCUUUGAGAUGGUUGUAUAAACAUUUAACACUAUAUUGUGUUUAUUUAGGACAGCAUUACAAGACAGCAAACACACACUGAGGAGUAUGUACAACUAAAAUGCAUGUUUAAAAAAAAAACAGAAAAUGAAAGAAAUUAUGUUUAAAAUUGUAUGAGGGCCAGUACUAUUUGCAGGCACAGUGCUCAGACUUUAUAUUUGAAUUAUUUCUAACAUGUGCUAGAAGGGACAGUCUUAAGUUUUGUUAAGGAAUGCCCUAAUUAAAUUGUGAAGCUUAAAAUUUACAUUAACAGUGUUUUCAAAAAAAAAAAAAAAAGACAUCUCCACUAUUCAUUCUUGUGUCAUUCCAAAAGCUGUUAAUUAGUAAUUCAAUUUAUAAUUACUUUCUCAAUAUUGAAAAUGUAAUGUUAGGAAAUGGAUCCACUAACUCAAUAACCAAUAAUGUUAGUGCCCAAAAUGAAUUACAGUCUAAGGCAAUCAAUUUUUAUUUUCUUAAAGGCCAUUCUAAAGCUGUUUCACAUUGGUCGGGUGCCUAGCUAUGUUGUCACAAUGGUUUUACUAACCCUGGCAUCAUCCCUUUGCUGAUUGACAAGGGUUGGGUGUAAGAAUUGAAAGAAAUGUCAUUUUUUAUGAAACAAAACAAAUCCUUACUCAUUUUUUAUUAUUUCAAUUUCUGUUCACUUAAGCUUAUCUUUGUCAUUGGCUCAAUGUUGCAAUUGUAAUUUAGACUUGGUCAAAGCACUAAUUCAAUUGAAAAAUUAUAGUACCAUAAUAGUGGGAUAGUUAUUUCAAGCCAAAAUCAAUAAUUUAAUUUAAAAAAAAAAAAGAAUUUUAAUAAAUUUGUAUAAAAAAUUUCUCUAGCAUUUGACUAUAGUGACAAAAUUACAAAGCCAUUGAGGAUGAGAAAUACUUUUUUCUAGCUAUACAAAUAAAGCAUUGGGUGAUGAUGAAGAAAUUUUAUAUAGUUCUGUGGGGAAAAAAAGUAACUGUUAGUAUUGUGUUGUACAAUAGGUUCUUUGUUUCCUGCUGUUGAUGUGUUGUUAUUAAAACUCUGCUGGUACCUUGAGUUGAUUGUACAAUUGACAAUUACUUUAGCUGAUUUAACUGCUCUCCAAAAAAAUUUCCAUUUUUAUGGCAUUAUUUAUUUAUUUAUUUUUUUCAUCUUUGUGUUACUGCAUUUUAUUAUUAAUUUAAUUUAUCAGUCGUUUUUUUUUUUUAAAAUAUAUUUACCGUAUCUAUUAAAUCUAAAGUAUUGCGUGUAGGCAUGUGAAAAAUAUUUUGCAUAAGUGUUUUAUUUUUCUCUCUUUCUCUCUCUUAUACUCUUAGUGGAAACAAAUUGACAAGUUUCAUCAUUUGUUAGAUAACAUUUUGUUGUUGUUGUUUUUUUAUUAUUAUAAAAAAAAAACCAACAAAAUUUUACUUGAUUUAUUGACUUAAAUGAAUCUAGAAAGAUCUGCAUGUUCAAUACAAUAAUUCAUAUCGUUUUAAGUUUUGUUCAUUUUUGUAUUUUAACAAAUGAAAGAACCAUUGUCUGAGGACACAAUUCUCCAAGAAAUGUAACCCAUUCUUCUGUGAUACUGACAAUUUGUCACUUAGUCUUCUUCUUUUGUGUUGGUGUGUGUGAAAUGAUUUGAUGAACUAUUGCAUGGAUAAAAUGCUCAAAGUUGUGCUUGACAACAACCCCAAAAAAAAAAUACAAGUGUACUCCAGAAAUGCAACUGAAUUCUGCAUUGCUUUUAUUUUUCUCAUUUCUUUCCAAAUAUCUAUUUAUUACAUUCCUUUUUCAUGUCACACUUUUGAAUUUCCUAGCAAGACAUUAGUUUGUCUUCAUUCCUUUGCAACUAGAAGUGUGUCUUGUAUGAAGAGAGAAAUCAAGUGAAACCUGAUUGUGCUUGAAGACAGCUUCUAAAGCGAGGUCCUUCUUACAAUUAAAUAUCAGAAAUUGUUGUGCCAUUGUGUAAACACAGCAUCCAGUGCUAAACAGUUGUUCCUGUUCAUUUUUAUUAAUCAGUUUGUAUUUUAAGAAACCAAUCAAAUAUUUUAAUUGUUAAUUAUUGAGGUAAAUAAUAACUAUCACUUUGUUAAUAAUGUAUAUACCUUAUAUAUAUAUAUAAUCACAAUUGUUGGAUUAUAUGAAAGAACUAAUGUACAAAUGCAACUGCAUGACAAAACAUAGAGUACAUGUCAAUAGUUUAUUUUACACAUUUUAAGUUUUUUGUUUUGUGUGUAAUAAUCAGUGGAGAUUAAAAGUUGUAUCAAUUUAUUUAUAUUCUUGGUCAAUUUACGGAAAUGAAAUUCAAUAUUUAUAAAGUGAAAAAGUCCUGUACACAUGAAACGAGUUGACUUAGACGGCACAGUAAUUACAAAUAUUCUAGUGAGUACUUUGAAGUGAUUAUUCUAGUCUUGGGAGAUUUUUUCUGGAUAUUUUUGUCAUCUCUCUUUCUGCAAUGAUUAUAUUGACAUGUCAUAGAUUUUUUAAAAUCAUUUUUUGUUUAGAGUAAACACUGCAAUUCACAUCCUUUUUUUUUGUGACCUUUUUUUUUGUCCCAUGUACAUUUUAUCUCCAAUUUAUUGAUCAAGAUUACAACCACUGAACUAAGAACUAAUUACAAUGAAACUUUCAAUGUUUUUUCUGUAUGCCUGUGUUACAUGAAAUGUAUUUGUUGCAUUGAAUGCUGCAAAAAAGUAAUUUAUGUUAGAGGAAAUCAGGGAGGGGGGGAGGCAUAUUUGUAGAUUGAAGACAAUUGGUUUCCUAAAUUUUGUGUUAAAUGUUGGUUAUUUCUUCAGCUCAUAGUAGGGUCUGUUUUCUUUAAUGUUUUAAUAUAAUUUUUAGUUACAACAUGAUGGCUUCCUUGAUUAAAUUUGCAUUCUUUGGAAUUUCUCUUAUACAAGUUACUUAAAAAUUUUUAGUAUUUUAUUCACUAAAGCCAGACAGUAAUUAUGAAAAUGUUAGCUAUUUUGUCACCAUUGCCAUUAAUUGUGUACAGUUUGUAAAUAGGUCAAUACUUGAACAGAAACAAACAAAUGCCAGAAAGAAAACUAUCAUUAGUCUUUCAUUUUGUUUUCUCAAUGACUUAUUGUCUGUGUCCUUUGCUGAGUGCCAGAAAUAUUAGCAUGAUAAGUGAAGAUUGAAUGAAAAUAUUGUGUGAUUGUUGUAUGUCUCAACCUGUUCACAAAUAAUUAUUGUUUAAAAACAAAUUGAAGAGAAAUGUGCAGUGCCAUUACAUUUAAUAUACUAUCAUUUCUUGUGUAUUUAUUUCUCCUCAGUCAAUUAGAAAUAACACUAUUUUCUCAAACCACAACCAGAUCACUGGAAUUUGUUCUAAUCAUUAGGCAGAAUUCAACAAUGGCACUGCACAUUUUCAUACAGUCAUCAGGUUAAUGCUUGGUCAAGAUUUCUUGACCAAUCACUACUUGGCACUGUUAAAAAAAAAAUUGUAAAAAGAAAGAAAAAACAUUUUUGGCUUUAAAGCUGAAAAUAAAAAAAAAUGAAAAAUAAAAAAUGACUUCAUAUAAUGUAUAUGUUUUAUUUUAAAUAUAUAUAUUUAAUAAAAAAAAAAAAAGUAACUUAUCAUGGGUGUUUGUCAUCAUACCAGUUCAUAAUAAUGACUUAGAAUACAUGAUUGUAUUUUAUUUCCUAGCCCACUUUGUCAUAUUUUGUUUUCUUGAGAUGCCCUGUUAAAUCAUUUGGCUCUUCAUUUCAUCCACUAAAGGUAACACAGAAAGCCUCAACUAUUGUUUUAGUCUGUCUUCAGAAGCUGAAAGCUGCUGAUUUAUAAUUAUUCUUUUUUUAUGUUCUUUGUAAAUUUUUUAAACUAUUGUUUUAAAAUCCAGGGUCAUGCUUUUUUUUUUUUAUAAUUAAAAUUGAUCCACAUUUUCCUAAAAUUUUGCUUGUAGUUUCAUUUGAUGAUUUAUGAAGUUGUUGGAUUGAAUGUUAUUAUUUUGAAAUGAAGACAAAAGUCCAAGAACUAGAUAUCUAUGACUGACUUGAUCACUAUAAGGACUUAAACAGUUUUUGUAUCAUCUGAACAAAACUGACAGCCAUCACGGUUGUGAUCUUAAAAUGUGAGCUGUCCACAUACCUAGCAAACAUUUUAAAUCUAGUUAAAAUCUCUACUGAAGUAAACCACACCUUCAGUGGACAUUGGUAAGAGUGUAUUUCUCAUUCACACUGAUUGGACUUAAUCUUCUUUUUUUUUUUCUGUUCAAUCUGUACACUAAAGUGCAUGAUGGAUAUCUCUUUAAAGUAAACGCCUUGAACUCGUUGACGACUUUUUUUUUUCAAUGGACAAAUAAUGUAAUGGGCUGCUAUCCUGCAGUUGUAUUUCCAUGGCAUUAUAAUAUGCAAAAAAACAACAAAACAACUUUUGCUGUGUUAAUAUGAGAUGGCUCCAGCUCCUAGCUUUGUGCAUCACUGGAGUAGUGAUACCAAUGGAUGCCUAGCUAAUGGGUGGAGUAGUGAUACCAAUGGAUGCCUAGCUAAUGGGUGGAGCACUGAGCUGACAGAUUAUAUAUACACUAUUGAAUAAUUAAAAAACUGCAAUUUUAUUGCAAAGGUAACAAGCUUAUGUAAGUGGGAAUUGUGUAUGCUUGACUGGGCUAACAUAAUGUAAAUGAUAUUAAGAAUAAAUCAGUUGUCAUUUCACUUGACACAGUGUUACCAGUCAAUUUUUUUGGAAAAUUUAUUAUUAACUUUUGUUUGUCAAUUGUCCAUAAUUGACAUUCAGUACAUUAUGGAAUGCGAUUGACUUAGACGUGACACUACUAUUCAUAUUCUAUAACUAUAAAAAAUCAUUUUCAUAGAUUUUUUUUUCUAUUUGAAGACGCUUGAAUAUGUAUUUGGGGGGGGGGGGGGGGGGGGGGGAAUCCUGGUCCAGGAUUUCUAGUUUGACUUGAAACAAUCUGUUGUGCCACUACUUCUCCAUGUGAUCAUUUGUGUUUGGGGAAGAUUACACAGCAGUUUAAAAUGAUAAAAAAGACUAAUGUAUGGUAUCAGAGCUUUGGUCUACAUUCAAUUUGUAUUCAUUAGAAUGCUGUGAAGCUUGUUAGAGAAAGAUAAUAAACCAAAAUAUUGUUGCAGUUA